GCGACCGCCAUUUUGAGAUUUACCUCAGACUCAACACAUCACAAACCACGGGAAGAGCGGGCUGAGAGCUACGCGGCUCACGCUAACGUUGUAUGACCGGGCACAUUCCUCUCCACAAACAAGGGGUUAUUCGCUCGAAAUGCAAUGCGGCACCGCGUUUAGUAGUUUAAUGUUUUAGCGGCAUUCUAGGGGACACUGGUUCAUGUCGGGCCGUGGCAACUCUGUCUCCGCUAACUUCAAAAUUAACAUUAGUGUUAUUCCGCAUUGGAAACUGGUUUGAAUGGAUAGCCUUUUCCUCCACUCUUCCCCAGACGAGGGACAAUCGGAGGAGCACACGGACUGGGGAUAUCGCAGGGGAAGUUGUUAAGUGUAUGUGUAUUGUAAAUGAACCUUUGUUUUCAUUGUUGUUGCACCCAUAUAAGCAGUUGGCUGCCCCGUGUCAGGUAGCUUAACGCUAGCUAUAAACAGGGUAUUCGAUCGUCAAGGUGCAGGUCGUGCCGAGUUGUCUUGCUGCCCCACAUUUCCCGGGGUAAAGCCGGAUAGGUUCAGCUAAUUUCACUGUGCCUCCCUCUUCGGAGACCUGGUCCAUCUAUCUAGCUCCCCGCCGUCAGCAAGCGUGACUCGCACCCACUUAAAGCGCCGAGAUUGGGCGAAUAGCGAGCAAAUACGUCCGCGUUUCUCUACCCGCUCCCCCGCCGACUUCCCCUCCACACUCCCCGGCGCUGACAGCGGACAAGGCCGAGGUCGCGACAGAGCAGGCCCGGCCUCCGAGGCUCGACCUGUCCACCCAACCACCGCAUCCUACCACACCUCACCAGCAGUCCAGAACUCGGUUCUCCACUGAGCCGACCCUGGACAAGGUCGAGGGUGAGAGAGAUAGCAGGGAGCACCGCAUCACAUCCACAACAACAGUUGCCAACAUGAACCACCACCAUCACCACACGCAGCAGCAGCAGCAACAGAAAGCCGGCGAGCAGCAGCUCAGCGAACCCGAGGACAUGGAGAUGGAAGCUGGGGACACAGAUGAUCCUCCAAGAAUCCCAGCCAACCCGGUGAUCAAUGGUAACAUGGCCAUGGCAGAUGGACACAACAACACAGAGGAAGACAUGGAGGAUGACACUAGUUGGCGAUCAGAGGCAACUUUUCGGUUUGUGGUGGAGCGUUUCAGCCGCCUGAGUGAGUCGGUGCUCAGCCCAUCCUGCUUUGUCAGGAACCUUCCAUGGAAGAUUAUGGUGAUGCCACGCUUCUAUCCAGACCGACCACACCAGAAGAGUGUGGGCUUCUUCUUACAGUGUAACGCAGAGUCAGACUCCACGUCAUGGUCUUGCCACGCACAGGCCACAUUGAAGAUCAUCAACUAUAAGGACGAUGAGAAGUCUUUCAGUCGCAGGAUCAGUCACCUGUUCUUCCACAAAGAGAACGACUGGGGCUUCUCUAACUUCAUGUCCUGGACUGAUGUGACCGAUCCAGAGAGGGGCUUCGUUGAUGAUGACAAGGUCACUUUUGAAGUCAAUGUCCAGGCAGAUGCUCCACACGGAGUGGCUUGGGACUCUAAGAAACACACAGGCUAUGUUGGACUAAAGAACCAGGGAGCGACCUGCUACAUGAAUAGCCUGCUACAGACACUCUUCUUCACCAACCAGUUACGACGGGCGGUGUACAUGAUGCCCACGGAGGGAGAUGACUCUUCCAAGAGUGUACCCCUGGCGCUGCAGAGGGUUUUCUAUGAGCUGCAACACAGCGACAAACCCGUUGGCACCAAGAAGCUCACCAAGUCCUUUGGAUGGGAAACACUAGAUAGUUUCAUGCAACACGAUGUACAGGAGCUGUGCAGAGUGCUCCUGGACAAUGUGGAAAAUAAAAUGAAAGGCACUUGCGUUGAGGGAACCAUACCUAAGCUCUUCAGAGGAAAGAUGGUGUCGUAUAUUCAGUGUAAACAUGUGGACUACCGGUCAGAGCGGAUAGAGGACUACUAUGACAUCCAGCUUAGCAUAAAAGGAAAGAAGAACAUUUUCGAGUCAUUUAAAGAUUAUGUUGCAACUGAACAGUUAGAUGGAGACAACAAAUAUGAUGCAGGAGAGCAUGGCCUGCAGGAAGCAGAAAAAGGAGUGAAGUUCCUUACUUUCCCACCAAUUCUUCAUCUGCAGCUGAUGAGGUUCAUGUACGACCCGCAGACUGACCAAAACAUCAAGAUUAAUGACAGGUUUGAGUUUCCAGAUCAGUUACCUCUGGAUGAGUUUCUUCAGAAGACAGACUCCAAGGACCCAGCCAACUACAUCCUGCACGCAGUGCUGGUCCACAGCGGGGACAACCAUGGCGGUCACUAUGUCGUCUAUCUUAACCCAAAAGGUGACGGCAAAGUGAGUGUCAAGGAACCAAUAUGGUGUAAGUUUGAUGAUGACGUGGUGUCGCGGUGCACUAAAGAGGAGGCUAUUGAACACAACUACGGUGGGCACGAUGAUGACCUCUCAGUACGCCACUGUACCAAUGCUUACAUGUUGGUCUACAUCCGCGAGUCCAAGCUCAGUGAAGUGCUCCAGCCGAUGACUGACGUGGACAUACCCCAGCAGCUGGUGGAGCGUCUGCAGGAGGAGAAACGAGUAGAAGCGCAGAAGAGGAAGGAGCGCCAAGAGGCUCACCUCUACAUGCAAGUCCAGAUGGUUACAGAAGACCAGUUCUGUGGUCAUCAGGGCAACGACAUGUACGACGAGGAGAAAGUAAAGUACACCAUCUUCAAGGUCCUGAAGAGCUCCACUCUGCAAGAGUUUGUCCAGAACCUCUCUCAGACAAUGGGCUUCCCCCAGGACCAGAUGAGGCUGUGGCCCAUGCAGGCCCGGAGCAACGGGACCAAGCGCCCCGCUAUGCUCGACUACGAGGCCGACUGCAGCAAGUCGAUGAUCGACCUGAGUGACAACGAGAACCCCUGGACAAUAUUUCUGGAGACAGUAGAUCCAGAGAUGGCCGCCAGCGGAGCCACGUUACCCAAGUUCGACAAAGACCACGAUGUCAUGUUGUUCUUGAAGAUGUAUGACCCCAAAACCAGAAGCUUAAAUUAUUGUGGACAUAUCUACACACCUAUAUCCUGCAAAAUAAGAGACCUACUGCCAGUCAUGUGCGAGAGAGCAGGUUUUCAGCGGGAAACUAGCCUUAUCCUCUAUGAGGAAGUUAAGCCCAAUCUAACAGAGCGGAUACAGGACUAUGAUGUCUCUCUGGACAAGGCCCUGGACGAGCUCAUGGACGGGGACAUCAUUGUCUUCCAGAAGGACGACCCAGAAAAUGACAGCAGUGAGCUGCCUACUGCAAAGGAUUACUUCCGGGACCUCUACCACCGAGUGGACGUCAUUUUCUGUGACAAGACCAUCCACAAUGACCCGGGCUUCGUGGUCACACUGUCCAACCGCAUGAACUACUUUCAGGUGGCCAAGACGGUAGCGCAGAGGUUGAACACGGAUCCUAUGCUGCUGCAGUUCUUCAAGUCACAGGGGUACAGGGACGGUCCAGGGAAUCCUCUCAGACACAACUAUGAGGGAACGCUGCGGGAUCUCCUGCAAUUCUUCAAGCCUAGACAGCCCAAGAAACUCUACUAUCAGCAGUUAAAGAUGAAGAUAACAGACUUUGAGAACAGAAGGAGUUUUAAAUCCAUAUGGCUCAACAGCCAGUUUAGAGAGGAGGAGAUCACCCUCUACCCUGACAAACAUGGCUGUGUGCGGGACCUUUUGGAAGAAUGUAAAAAGGCAGUGGAGCUGUCUGAAAAAGGCUCUGAGAAACUCAGGCUGUUAGAGAUAGUAAGCUAUAAAAUCAUUGGGGUUCACCAGGAGGAUGAGCUGCUAGAAUGUUUAUCUCCUGCUGCCAGUCGCACCUUCAGAAUAGAGGAGAUUCCGUUGGACCAGGUGGACUUUGACAAGGACAGUGAAAUGCUAAUCCCAGUCGCUCACUUCCACAAAGAAGUCUUUGGGACCUUUGGGACCCCGUUCUUGCUCAAGAUUAGACAGGGCGAGCCCUUUCGAGAGGUGAUGAGGAGGAUCCAGACCAUGCUGGACAUCCAGGAGAAAGAAUUUGAGAAGUUCAAGUUUGCAAUCGUGAUGAUGGGGCGGCAUCAGUACAUCACUGAGGACGAGUAUGAGGUCAACCUGAAGGACUUUGAACCACAGCCAGGUAACAUGUCCCACCCGCGCCCCUGGCUAGGGUUGGAUCAUUUCAACAAAGCUCCAAAGAGAGGUCGCUACACCUACCUGGAGAAAGCAAUCAAGAUCCACAACUAAAAGCAGCGCGCCCCUUCCUCUUUGUCCUCCUCAUCCUCCCCAUCCUCCUCCUCCUGCUCCGCCUUCCUCCCUACCUUCUUUAACACACGAUAACCACAGACUGUAACCAACCGUGUGUGAGAGACUUUAGGUGUGUGUAUGUGUGCGUGUGUGCUCAUAUGUAUGUAUGCGUGAGUGUGCGCGUGCGCGUGUGUUCAUCACUUUUAACACCCUGCCUGGACACCUCUACAGCUCUACACCGGCACUGUCUUCAGCGAUAUGGAUUGCUGCAACUGAUGGAUUAUACUUCAACCACAAAAUAAACUGCACCAACCACUUCUUGACUGUUUAUUUUGUUAUUUUUAUUUUCAAUUCUUUUUUUUUUUUUUUAAUUGUCCUAUGUUUGGUUGGUUUUUCCUCUGGCUUCUCUACCUGUUGACUGCCUGGUUUCUGUUGCUCAUCUGGAAGUAGGAGAAAUUAAAUUGGAUUUUAAAAGACAAAAAAGGAAGAUGGGAGAGGAAGUGUGUGUAUGUAUGUAUGUAUGUACACAUACACAUACACAUACACAUGCCUCUGUAGUUCCUGACACAGUGUGUUGUUUUUGUCCCCCACCUCACCCACUGGCUCCCCCCCCCUUCAGAUUUGUUCAGGGUUUUUUAAUAGUUAUUUGAAGAGGUGUCAUGCUGCUGCUGUGUGUAGAGUUUGAUGGAAGGAUGUUUGCAAGGACUAACUGAAAGAAAAUAUAAAAAAAAACAAAAAAAAAAAACAGCAGGUAGAGUGACCAUUGGUCAUUCUGCAGAAGAAUCUUUGCAAAGGUCAGCCACAGUCUGGACUCCCAUCCUGAGGUUCAUGAGUUGCGCUGAUACGGUUUGUGUAUUUUCUGCUCCCUUUCUAGUGCUAUUAAAAACAAGUAUUUCCUAGUUUACAGUUAUUUGCUACUUAGUUUGGUUGGAGGAAGAAAAGAAAAAAAAAACUUGUUUCAUUUUUUUUUGUUUCUGCAGAUCUUGUAUGAUAAGUUAAAACUACAGCAUCUCUUCAAAAAAUAAAUGGGGAAAAUAAGCAGGGACAUUUGUCUGUAUUUCAUCUUGCACGUUGGCUCUUAAUGUCAGGUUUCUCAGGACUGGCAAACGUACGUGUUGGUUGUGGAUGGUUGUUUAGUGACUUGAAUGAGAACACACGCACAGACAUUGCUCACUUGGUUUUUCUCUCCUUUCUCUUUUUUGGGGAGUUGAUGUCUUUCUCAGUCAUUCCUCUGCAAACGCAAACUUGCAAGGCUCGUCUCCCGCCCCGCCCCUCUUCUUCUCUCUUGUUUGAAACUGUCGCCUCCGUGUGGUUGGGAGCAGUAACUGCGCUGUGCUUGGUAGGGAGCUGCAGACACUAGAGCUCACAGGUUUGAGGAUCGUUUAGAGACAAAACCAGCAUUGUAAAACACUUUAAGCCCUAUGAAUUUAUGUUUCUUGUUUUUUUUUCUCUUUUCUUUUAAAGCACAGAUGGAAUGCUCCCCUAAUAGCUAUAGCUGGCUCUGUAAAGACAACAUUUAAGAAUUGUAUAUUUAAAAAUAUGAACAUGUAAAAUUAAAGAGAAACACGCCUUUGUUGUUGGGUACAGAAGGAGCCAGGUGUUCAUAUUUCUUGUGUGUAGGUUUUUUCUUUAUUUUGUGUUCCUGAUGUACCAUUGAUUAUUUUGUUUCUGUUACAUUUGGAUUCUUCUUUUUUUUUGUUUUUCUUUUCAAAUCUAAAUGCAUUGGUUUUGUCAUGUUUAAAGUUAAAGUGCAGUACAAAGAUGACCUGCAGAAUCACACCUUAAUUUGAUAUUUUCCAGUUAAAAAUCCUCAGUGUAGCAGCAGUGUACGACAACUAUUCCUGUAUAUUGCCUUUUUGCUGGAAAAAUGUAUGUUGAAUAAAAUUUUCUAUAAAAACGAA